AUGGGCACAGGAAACAGAACCUCUCUCAUGGAGUUCAUCUUGCUGGGGCUCUCUUCAGAUAAGCAUACCCAGGUGCUGCUGUUUGUGCUAUUUCUCAUCAUCUACCUGCUCACUGUGCUGGGGAAUCUGCUCAUUAUCGUGUUAAUUCAAAAUGACUGUCGGCUUCAUAAGCCCAUGUACUUCUUCCUUAAAAACCUGUCAUUCACUGAUCUUUGUUUCUCUACAACAAUUGUCCCCCAGAUGUUAGUCCAUUUGCUGGUAAGAAGAAAGACCAUUUCCUUUGCGGGGUGCUCAAUUCAGAUGAUUUUUUUCCUAAUAGCUGGUUGUACAGAGAGCUCCCUCUUAGCGGUGAUGUCCUACGAUCGCUAUAUUGCUGUCUGCAAGCCCCUACACUAUCCCACUCUCAUGACUCAGAGGCUGUGUGUCCAGUUGGCCAUGGCAUCUUGGGCCAGUGGAGUAUUUGUGUCUGUGAUAGACACAUCAUUUACAUUAUGUCUCUCGUACCACAGAAAGAAUGUCAUCAAUCAUUACUUUUGUGAGCCCCCUGCCCUCCUCAAGUUGGCUUCAGAAGAUACUUACCGAACUGAGAUGGUCAUCUUUGCGAUGGGAGUGCUAAUCCUCCUUGGGCCAGUCUCCCUUAUUCUUUUCUCCUACUGGAAUAUUAUCUUCACUGUGAUUCGAAUGCAGUCGGGGCAGGGAAGGGUCAAAGUGUUUUCUACCUGUGGUUCUCAUUUCAUAGUUGUUCUGUUCUUCUAUGGCUCAACAAUAUUUACCUACAUGCGGCCAAAUUCCAAGAAGAUGAACGAGGGAGAUAAGGUGAUCUCUGUUUUCUACUCAGUCAUAACAUCUAUGAUGAACCCCUUCAUUUAUAGCCUGAGAAACAAGGAGGUGAAGGAGGCAUUUUGGAAACUCUUUGGCAGAAAGAGCCUAUGA